CACACUCAGUGCCUGCUUGACUCUUUCGCACAGCGCUUCCCAUCAAAGAGGGGGGAUUUUUAAACGUCCUGAGCGGUUCAGUCCAGCUGCCGUUGUCGCACGAGGCCUCCGUGAAGAGACGUUUACCACACAAACUUUGCUGCGCCGGACUGAAGAGUUCAGAAGUGAGUAGGAGAGAGUUACAGUAACUACAGUAACUGAGGAGAACAUCAGCCUGACCUCAUCCUCAGCAGCUGGCAGGCUGGCUAAGAAUGGGCUAGCAAACCCCGUUGCCACUGUGAAACCUGAGAAGCCUGGACCAGAAGAGUAGGAUGAGCGUGUACACACUAAACCUCAGGGUGUUCUGGCCUCUGGUCACAUUCAUUCUCAGCACCUUACUUCUGCUACAUCACUUCAUCCUGCGAGGCUCUGAGGAGAAGGGGGAUGGUUGUUCUGACCAGGGACCAGGAGCCAUCUUGCUGCUCAAGUAUGUGCUGGCUUUUGCUCUUUGCUACUUCUUCAUCAGGUACUGCACAUCUCAGCCUGGCUCUGCCAAGCAGGGCUUCCACAGGGUCCCUGAGACAGCUGGCAAACCAGCAGUGCCUAAGAAGGAGCUGCUGGAAGAUCACUUUGAGAAACAUGUGCGACUCUCUCCGCAUGUUCUAGGCCACAGCAAAGCUCACGUGGCUAAGCUAGUGAGUGAACUGGUGAGGGUGGGCCGGGCUGAUGUACCUCCUGAGUCCUCCCUGGCCUUUCGUGGGGACUCCGUCCAAAUUGGCAGCUCAUAUGAAGAGCACAAGGUGGGUUCCCCAGACUGCUUUGAUAUCCUGGUACCCCUGCGCCUACCUCGUGGGCUUAAACUUGAGCCUUGCAGUUAUACCACCAUCCAAGGAGGGAUGCCUCUAGUUACUUUGGAUAUACCCCGAAAAACUGAGUGGACAAGGCGCCACAAAGCAUUCACAGACACCUUUCUGCAUUUGCAAGGCACUGCAGGAGUCUACAGGCUAAGCCCAGAUUCUGUCCUCCGCUGGUUCUAUUCUGCUUCCCAACGCUGCCUCUCUGCUGUUCGUUACCCAUUUGAGCAGCGAUGCUCCCUCAGCCUGUCCCUUAAUGAGGGCCAGCGAGUCCAACUGCACCUCACACCCCGCUCAGACUACGUUUGCUGCCACAUCUCCAUGGGCGUUCGGUUAAUCCCAGCUAUGCCCUUAGGUGACAAUGCCUUCCUGGUUGCAGCCCCUGGAGCACAGAAAGGGGAGGAUGUGUGGACUGUUUACUUCCCCAGGCAGGAGCACAGAUUGCUGGACUUCCUCAAAGGCAAACUCCCAGCCAACUCCUGCCAUCUGAAGUGCCUUCAGCUGCUCAAGGAGGUUCGAGAUCUUGGAGGCCAAACGUUGGCCCAGCAAGCUGGGGCUGAAUGGAGGGGGGUGCUUUCCUCCUAUGCCCUGAAAACUGCCUGGCUACGUCUGCUGCUCAGAACACCCCCUGAGGCUUGGGAAGAGCGCCACCUGGUAGACAGACUGGAGGACUUGCUACGAUGCUUGAGAGACAGUCUGCAGGCCAGGGUUCUCCACCAUCUGCUUCUUGGUGGUGACACAGGACUUCUGCCUGAAUCGAUGGCUUUGCCAAAGCUUGUUAAGGAGACGGUCCCAUCCAACUUGUGGGCAGAAUUCAGCACUGCCUCUCUGGACCUGGUCUCUGCCCGUCUGGCCUAUUCGUGGACUCACCUCCAUCGCCUCAUACGUCUUGGACGUCCACAAAGGACCUCUCUUGGCCGAGGGGUCCAUUGCAAGCACAUUGACACUGAGUAAUGACUGCCUUCAGAGCUUAUUUGAACACGCCUCGGGGUAAACAUUUGUCUAACAUCAACUGAUGGUAUCAUACAUCUUCUGGCCUCAGUUGAGUUUCAGUUGAAAAUAAUUGUUGUUUAUUUUACAAAAGGGACAAAAGGAAAAAACAUCUGAAUUAUAGGUAGAAAAAUUGCAAGGAAUCUAUUUUUGAGAGCAGUAUUUUUAAAUGCAAUACAAAUGUCCUCCUGUAUCUCCUUAAUAUUUUUUCAUGCAGGAAAAUAGAAGUACUGUAAGUUUAGUUGGUACAAAUCUUCCUUUAUGUACUGUAAGUCUGUGCUAAUUAGGGAGACUGAUUUUAUUCCAACGUCAAAAAGCCAGUUUGCUGCUUUUUUUUUUCAGGUUGAGAAGUUUUUUUUUACACAAUUCUAAUUGGUACUAGUGCCUUUUGAAAGCAGUGCAUGCACAUUACACUGGUUUCUUACAGCUUAUGGCUUGUUGGCUGUAUAUAUAGAUUUAGAUUGAAAAAUGUGUUGUCUAUGUUUUGAACUAUGGCACAGUACAGCUCACAGGGCUGAAGUGUUAGUUCUGUGUUGACUCAGAGUCACCGUGAUGUCAUGGUUCCUGGGAAGUGUUGACCGUGGGUAGUGAACAGUCAGAGCAGGUUCAGCGCCAAAGAGCAUACAUUUUUCCACACUCCCUCCGCAUUCAUAAGGCCAGCAUGAACCCACUGAUAUCUUAUAGGAGAGGAUAAAAGCAGAGCAGGCCACUAUAGGCCCUCUGGUGACUGGUAUCCUGUUGUUAGGAGCUGGCUAGUGGGAUUUUCUGUGAAGUGAAAACUCCAUUGGCCCAGCUGACAUUUGAAUGAUAAUGUCUAUUUAUUGCUUUUGAAAAUAUGGAACUGUUAGCAAGGCAGAUGCGCACUCUCCUGUUCCCAGAGAAGCGCCUCUACUGCCUGUUGCCAUGGAGACGAGGUAUCUCAGGCAGGGGUCAUUCAUAAGGUUUGUUUAUAAUGUCAGAGUAGCUGUUUCCCUGCAAUGCUGGUGGUCUUUCUCUUUGCACUAAAAAAAGUAAUGCAUUGAAUUAACACAAAUGACCGCAUGCGCUUGAGCAGACACAGCCUACACAAGUUUGUGCAAAAGCCUGUGUUGAGCAGAUCAAAUCUACCUGAUAGUCUGAAUAUGAGCUUCAGUGGAAGACAUAAGACACCAAAAAAACCCUAAUAUUUAAUGGAAUUAUGUUGCAUUCACAUAAAUAAGCCAUACAUAUAUUGCUGCUGUCGGAACAAAACCUUGUAUCUCCACUUUAUCAAUUCCCAGUAAAACUGUUAAUAAAACAGUUACUUGGAAAAAAAUCUGGUUCCAUUAACUUACAUGAAAAAAGUGUAAAAUAUGCUUUUACCUUAUAUUGUAAAGUUCUCAGUUUAGAGAUACAAGGUUUUGUUCUGACAGCAGCGAUAUAUAUUAUACAUAAAUAGAUUUUAACACUGCUGCUGUUAAUUUACAGAAAAAGCAUGUAAAUUCACAAAAAACUAAUGAUCACCUUUAUUUCACAGACAUUGUUAUCAUGAUGGUAAAGUACUGUAUGUCACAAUAACUAGUUGAAUUAGUGACUAACCGAAUUACUGAAUUACAGUAAAAGGCAGUAUUUCAAAGAACUGUAAUGACUAAUUUUACAGAUUUUUACCACCAUUGAAAAAAUAUACUUUUACAGUUAAUUAGCAGAUUUUGUCUGGCGCCUCUGCUACCAGACGUUUUACCUUUUUUCCCCAGAUUUUUGUUAUUAGAGUGUUUAUCAAGUAAUUGCCAAAAGUACAUAAACUGAAAGAAUGAUGUAGAUGUAGAUGUAGUAUAUUUUAUUUGACAAACAAAUUUCAACCAAGUAAGUUCAAUGCAUUGCUGCUUUUUUCAGUCUGGCCUCGUCAAGGCAGAUUGUGGUAGUGACCCCUUUUUUGUUUCUUGCACCUCAUGCAUCAAAAACAGGCCUGAACUUGUGUUAUUUCAGCCAGCCAUAGCAAAAUAGCAAAUGGUGAAUAAGGUCUCAUUGCUUAAGUCUGUGCCACCAGCUCUAUGAGGAACUGUUCAUGGUUUCAGUUUAGUUGUUUUAGGUACUUAAAAGCAGAACAGAAGCUGAAAUGAGGAUAUAAGCACAAUAUAAUUUAAGAUGCAGCCAAAGGGCAGCUUAAAACAAGCAAUCAAAUACAGAUGUCACAGCCAUAUAUGUACUGGAUGAAUGUAUAUUUUAUUUGUAAGUAUGUAUGUUUAUUGUAAGAUAUAUUGUAGUUAUUGUAUAUAAAAUAGAAAAUAAGUGGCAGUCUGUACAAAUUCCUAAUUUAUAUGUUGUAUAUGUAUUUAUACAUGGCCUAAAUAAAUGCCUUAUUUUGGAAGCCGGUA